GCAUGCACAGCCAGAGGGGGAGUUCAGCUCAUUUCACCGUUCACCGACGCCGCGUGACGCUUAAAUACGGGCAGCGCGCGCCGAACGCGAGGAAGCUCUCGCGCUCUCUCACGCGCAAAAUAAAGAAUGCAUACUGAUGACUUUGAAUUUACCGUGUCAGAUCGGACCUGAGCGUUUUAAUCGAUGUCGGAGUUUUAUCUCUGGAUAUAAACCGAAUCACCAUCCUCUUCAGCUGAAAGGAAAGACCUCAUCAAAGAGGCAAAUUAUGCCAGCAGAACCAGAGUCCCUGUCUCUGGUGACGUGCCAGCCUGUUGGUGAGACCCUCCGCUCCAGCGCCCUCUCCCCUGGCAGGCCCAUGCUGGUGGAUGCCCCGCUCCGGCCCACGCCCGCACCAUGAGCGCCAACGGCCCUGCUGCGACUCCUGCCGCACCCCCCGCAGCCUCCGUGCCUGUACCGUCAGUGAUACCGGUCGGCUCGCUGGCCCAGAAGAAGCGGCAGCAGUAUGCCAAGAGCAAAAAACAGGGCAGUUCGGCCAAUACGCGGCCGCAGAGAGCUCUCUUCUGCCUCAACCUCAACAACCCCAUCCGCCGGGCCUGUAUCAGCCUCGUGGAAUGGAAGCCAUUUGAUGUCUUUAUAUUAAUAGCGAUUUUCGCCAACUGCAUGGCCUUAGCUGUAUACAUCCCCUUUCCUGAGGAUGAUUCCAACUCAAUCAACCAUGACCUGGAAACAGUUGAAUAUGCCUUCCUUAUCAUUUUCACUAUCGAAACCUUCCUGAAGAUAAUAGCAUAUGGCUUGGUGAUGCAUCAGAACGCGUAUGUCCGAAAUGGAUGGAACAUGCUGGAUUUCGUCAUUGUCGUCAUAGGAUUGUUUAGUGUUGUCUUGGAAGUUCUGACCAAAGAUGGGGAGAAGGAAUCUGUUGGAAGCCACCCAUCCGUUCCCGGCCAUGGAGGGAAACCAGGAGGUUUCGAUGUUAAAGCCCUCAGAGCCUUUCGAGUGCUGCGACCCCUUCGCCUGGUCUCAGGAGUGCCCAGUUUACAGGUGGUGCUGAACUCCAUCAUUAAAGCCAUGGUUCCUCUCCUUCACAUCGCCCUGCUGGUUCUGUUCGUCAUCAUCAUCUACGCCAUCAUCGGUUUGGAGCUUUUCAUUGGAAAAAUGCACGCUACCUGUUACUUUCAAGGGACAGAUAUAAUAGAGGAUGAGCCCACGCCGUGUGCCGUUAACGGUCAUGGCCGCACAUGCGCCGUUAAUGGCACCGUUUGUAAGGAGGGCUGGCACGGCCCCAACGGAGGCAUCACGAACUUUGACAACUUCAUGUUUGCCAUGCUUACUGUGUUCCAGUGCAUCACCAUGGAGGGCUGGACGGAUGUACUCUACUGGAUGAAUGAUGCUAUGGGGUUGGAGCUGCCCUGGGUGUACUUUGUGAGCUUGGUCAUCUUCGGCUCUUUCUUCGUCUUGAACCUGGUUCUGGGUGUGUUGAGCGGGGAGUUCUCUAAAGAGCGAGAGAAGGCGAAGGCUCGUGGAGAUUUCCAGAAGCUACGGGAGAAACAGCAGCUGGAGGAAGAUCUGAAAGGUUAUCUGGACUGGAUCACGCAAGCCGAAGACAUCGACCCUGAGAAUGAGGAGGAAGAUGAGGAAAGCAAACACAACCGGGUUACACUGGCCAGCCUGAUGGAGAAGAAGAAGAAAGGGUUUAGCUUGUUCAGCCAGUCCUCUGACACCCAUGCGAGUAUACCGGCAAGUGAGACAGAAUCCAUGAACACAGAAAAUGAGAAAGGAGAAGAUAAGGCAACAUGUUGUGGCCCGACAUGUCAAAAAAUUUCAAAAUCAAAAUUCAGUCGGCGCUGGCGUCGCUGGAACCGGUUGUGUCGGAGGAAUUGUCGUUUGGCUGUGAAAUCCGUGCCAUUCUAUUGGCUGGUGAUCAUCCUAGUGUUCCUCAACACUUUGACCAUCUCUUCAGAACAUGACAACCAGCCCUUGUGGCUCACGCAAGUCCAGGAUGUAGCCAAUAAAGUGCUGCUGGCCCUGUUCACGUGUGAGAUGUUGGUGAAGAUGUACAGUCUGGGUCUGCAGGCCUAUUUUGUGUCUCUGUUUAAUCGCUUUGACUGCUUUGUGGUGUGUGGAGGCAUCACAGAGACCAUCCUAGUCGAGUUAGAGAUCAUGUCACCUCUAGGCAUCUCAGUGUUUCGAUGUGUGCGACUUCUCAGGAUCUUUAAAGUCACACGUCACUGGGCGUCUCUCAGUAACUUGGUGGCAUCUCUGCUGAACUCCAUGAAGUCCAUCGCUUCUCUACUGCUGCUGCUCUUCCUCUUCAUCCUCAUCUUCAGCCUCCUCGGUAUGCAGGUGUUCGGCGGCAAGUUUAACUUCGACGAGACACAAACGAAGAGGAGCACCUUUGACAACUUCCCUCAGGCCUUGCUCACUGUGUUUCAGAUUCUGACUGGUGAAGACUGGAAUGCCGUCAUGUACGAUGGAAUUAUGGCGUAUGGCGGCCCAUCAUCGUCGGGAAUGAUUGUGUGCAUCUACUUUAUCAUUCUCUUCAUCUGUGGAAACUACAUUCUUCUGAACGUGUUCUUGGCUAUCGCUGUGGACAACCUUGCAGACGCAGAGUCUCUGAACACAGACAGCGACGAUAAGAAGAAAGGUGAUGAAAACGAGGAAAAUGAAGAAGAUGCCAAGGCUGGAGACGAGGAUGAGAAGGACAAUGCAGAGGAGGAUGAAGACUUGCCGGACGUUCCUGCGGGGCCCCGCCCAAUGAUCUCAGAGCUUGUUAAGAAGGAGAAAAUCACGCCAAUCCCAGAGGGCAGUGCGUUCUUCAUCUUCAGCAACACAAACCCAAUUCGUGUCGCAUGCCACAAGCUGAUAAACCACCACAUCUUCACCAAUCUCAUCCUCGUUUUCAUUAUGUUAAGCUCCGCCUCCUUGGCAGCUGAGGACCCAAUCAGAAACUUCUCUGCACGGAAUAUUAUACUUGGUUACUUUGACUAUGCUUUCACGGCUAUCUUUACUGUAGAGAUCGUGUUAAAGGUCCUAGGCUAUGCAGAUUAUGUCUUCACUAGUAUGUUUACAUUUGAGAUCGUGUUAAAGAUGACCACGUAUGGCGCGUUUCUCCACAAGGGGGCUUUCUGCAGGAACUACUUUAAUCUUCUCGAUCUGCUGGUGGUCGGCGUGUCACUGGUGUCCUUCGGAAUUCAAUCGUCAGCUAUCUCAGUGGUGAAGAUUCUGAGGGUUCUGAGGGUGCUGCGUCCACUCAGGGCCAUAAACAGAGCUAAAGGACUGAAGCAUGUGGUCCAGUGUGUGUUUGUGGCCAUCAGAACUAUUGGAAACAUCAUGAUUGUCACCACACUGUUACAGUUCAUGUUCGCCUGCAUUGGUGUACAGCUCUUCAAGGGCAAGUUUUAUCGUUGUAAUGAUGAAACCAAAUCCAGCCCAGAGGAGUGCAAGGGAACAUAUAUCCUGUAUAAGGAAGGUGACGUGAACCAGCCAAUCAUUCAGAAGCGCUAUUGGCACAACAGCGAUUUCAACUUCGAUAAUGUGCUCAUGGCCAUGAUGGCUCUAUUCACAGUGUCCACGUUUGAAGGCUGGCCAUCGUUGUUGUACAAGGCCAUAGACUCCAACCGGGAGAACUUGGGUCCGAUCUACAACUACCGUGUGGAGAUUUCCAUCUUCUUCAUCAUCUACAUUAUCAUCAUCGCCUUCUUCAUGAUGAAUAUCUUCGUGGGUUUCGUCAUCGUGACUUUUCAGGAACAGGGAGAGAAGGAGUACAAGAACUGUGAGCUGGACAAGAACCAGCGUCAGUGUGUGGAGUAUGCAUUAAAAGCACGUCCUCUCAGGAGAUACAUCCCAAAGAACCCCUAUCAGUAUAAGUUCUGGUAUGUGGUGAACUCCACCGGCUUUGAGUACAUCAUGUUUGUCCUGAUCUUACUCAACACCAUCUGUCUCGCCAUUCAGCACUACGGUCAGUCCGAGCUUUUCAAUUAUGUUAUGGACAUCCUGAAUAUGGUCUUCACUGCCGUCUUUACUGUGGAGAUGUUACUCAAACUGAUCGCCUUCAAACCCCGGCAUUAUUUCACUGAUGCAUGGAACACGUUUGACGCCUUAAUUGUUGUCGGUAGCGUCGUAGACAUUGCUAUCACUGAAGUUAACCCCACAGAGGCACCUCAGGUGGAUGAGUCGGGGAACACUGAAGACAGUGCUCGCAUUUCAAUCACCUUCUUCCGUCUUUUUCGAGUGAUGCGAUUGGUCAAGCUGCUGAGCAGGGGGGAGGGCAUUCGAACCCUUCUCUGGACCUUCAUCAAGUCCUUUCAGGCCCUGCCAUAUGUCGCUUUGCUGAUAGCCAUGCUGUUCUUCAUCUAUGCUGUCAUUGGCAUGCAGGUGUUUGGGAAAAUUGCCAUGGUGGACCACACACAAAUCAACAGGAACAACAACUUUCAGACAUUCCCUCAGGCUGUGCUUCUGCUCUUCAGAUGUGCAACCGGUGAAGCCUGGCAGGAGAUCAUGUUGGCAUGCAUGCCAGGGAAACUGUGUGACCCAGAAUCAGAUUAUAAUCCUGGAGAAGAGAUGACCUGUGGGAGCAACUUUGCCAUCAUCUACUUCAUCACCUUCUACAUGCUCUGCGCCUUCCUUAUCAUUAACCUGUUUGUGGCUGUCAUCAUGGACAACUUUGACUAUCUGACCCGUGAUUGGUCGAUUCUGGGGCCACAUCAUCUUGAUGAAUUUAAGAGGAUUUGGUCAGAGUAUGAUCCAGAGGCCAAAGGCAGAAUAAAACAUCUUGAUGUUGUGACGUUGUUGCGCCGUAUUCAGCCUCCUCUUGGCUUUGGGAAGCUCUGUCCUCAUAGAGUCGCCUGCAAAAGGCUGGUGGCUAUGAACAUGCCUCUGAACAGUGAUGGCACUGUCAUGUUUAAUGCUACACUUUUUGCUCUUGUGAGAACCGCACUAAAGAUCAAAACGGAAGGUAACCUAGAGCAGGCGAAUGAAGAGCUCCGAGCUGUGAUUAAGAAGAUCUGGAAGAGAACAAGCAUGAAACUUCUGGAUCAAGUGGUGCCCCCUGCUGGUGAUGAUGAGGUAACGGUGGGGAAGUUCUAUGCCACUUUCCUGAUACAGGACUACUUUAGGAAAUUCAAGAAACGCAAAGAGGAAGGCCUGGUGGGCGUUCACCCAGCACAGAACAACACUGCCAUCGCCCUGCAGGCUGGCCUUCGUACGCUGCAUGACAUUGGGCCAGAAAUCCGCCGUGCGAUAUCAUGUGACCUGCAGGAUGAUGAGCUAGUAGACUUUAUACCAGAGGAGGACGAAGAAAUUUAUAGGCGAAAUGGAGGACUUUUUGGCAACCACAUUAACCACAUAAAUGGAGACCCCCAGAGGAGCUCCGACCACCAGACAAAUGCCACACAGCGCCCCCUGCAGGUGCAGCCGCCUCCACAUUAUGCCCAAAUGGAACACCCCGUGGGGCGCCUGGGCCGUGCCAAUGCCAUGGCGCAGCAAAACCACCAUCGCCACCAUCACCACCAUCAUCACCAUCAUCAUCAUAACAACUCCUACAGCAAGUCACCCAAGUCUACCAACAUCAACCUCAACAAUGCCAAUAUGUCCAGCUUACCCAAUGGAGGACACAAUCGUUACUAUGAGCACAUGCAUGCUAAUGGUUACCCUGGAUUGUACUACGGAGAAUACGACAAGCCCAGGACCCCACAUGGACAAAGAAGGCGCUACUAUGAGACGUAUAUUAGGUCGCAGGGCAGCGACAGAAAACUACCCACUAUACGGCGCGAAGAGGAGUAUGAAGAAGAUCGUUACUCUGGAGAGUACUACAGCGGCGAGGAGUUUUACGAAGAUGACAGCAUGCUGUCGGGUGACAGGUACCCCAACAGUGACCAAGAAUACGAGACGCCACGGGGUUACCAUCAUCCUGACAGUUACUAUGAGGAUGACGAGCAGCCCCUUUAUCGUGAUUCACGUAGGUCACCAAAGAGAAGACUGCUUCCUCCAACACCGCAAGGUAAUCGGAGACCGUCGUUUAAUUUUGAGUGUCUGCGCAGACAGAGCAGUCAAGACGAUCUUCCUCACCACCGCACGGCUCUUCCGUUACAUCUCAUGCAACACCAGGUGAUGGCAGUAGCGGGUCUAGACUCCAGCAGGGCUCACAGGCUUUCACCUACUCGAUCUACCAGAUCGUGGGCGUCAUCUCCUCCAACUCCUGCAAGUAAAGAUCGAACACCGUACUACACGCCACUUAUCCGUGUGGACCGUCCUCUGAGGGACAGCGCCCACAGCAGCCACUCAUCCAUCAGGAAGAGCUCAUGGUAUACAGAUGACCCUGAGAGGAACUACUCGCCCGUUCACCUGCAGGUGCCACCCGAGUACAGAAACCAGUACCACCAGAAGAGAGGCAGCGCUACCAGCCUGGUUGAGGCGGUCUUGAUAUCCGAAGGACUGGGUCGCUAUGCCAAGGAUCCGAAGUUUGUGGCUGCCACAAAGCACGAGAUCGCGGAUGCGUGCGAGAUGACCAUUGACGAAAUGGAGAGCGCCGCCAGCCAUCUCCUGAAUGGCGGCAUUACACCAGGAGUCAACGGCGUCAACGUCUUUCCCAUAAUGGGCCCCAGAGACUACGAGAUGCAGGAUGUCUCGGCUAGCUACAGUGACGAGGACCCAGAACUCGAACCCAGAACGCAGUACGAGGAGGACCUGGCAGACGAAAUGAUAUGCAUUACCACUUUAUAGCACCUGGUUAGCGGCUGAUGCUGUUCCUCAGAAACUGAUGAGUGAAACAAACAAAUUUAAAAUAGAUUCACUGGCUUACUACCUUAAGAAGUGCCUUCACAGCAGAGCAGAAAGGCACCACAAGUACGGACGCAUCGGUGCCGCUCGCUCACUUCCUGUUCGCACAGGAAGUUGGUAGUCACGGGGCCGGGGAGGAGCUUAUUCAAACUCUGGGGGUGAACUUUAAUUGGCUGCUUUUACCAUCACUUCAGGAAAUGGACCAUUGAGCAGCGAGGGGUGUGGGGGGGUGGGAUUUAGGCUGUUUCCAUGGUGAUGACAAUCAAAACAAAUGUCAUUACCAAAGUCACUUUAUUAAUGGUUUUGCAUAUCAAGCACGUUGCAAGCUCAAUGCAAGCUAAGUACGGCAUAUAUCUCAACAAAGGCUUUAGUUUCAACUUACCCUGUACGAGUAUUUUAGUACCGUUUAAGGUCAAGUGCAUAUUUUAGAGAACAAGUGCUAAUUCUACAGCUCUGGUGUACAAUAAGGAUAUCAUGCAGGUUUGUGGAUUUGGAGAGGAUUUCAGCAUUUGUGUUGAAUGCACUAGCAGACAGGUUAUUUUUUUAAUUUAGGAUAGCCUGUUUGAUAUUUCAUAAUUAUGCUGUAAAUGACUUGUAAUAUAUAAAGCAGUUGAAAACUUUGUAAAGAGACAUUAUAUAUUUUGUAAUUAUGUACUGUACAAAAAAGAAAUUCAGCAAUAUUAAUCCUAAUUGAUGUUACUGCAUUACAGAAAAGACUAAAUUUGGUGUUAUUUUAAUAGGUACUGUACUUUAUUAUUACAUUCUUUGCCUUUAUUAUUUGCUCAUAUGCAUUCUUACUCGUUUGUAAAAAGUAUAGAACAAAAAGCCAAUUUUAUAUGAGGUUACGCCUGUGACACUCCCGCACAAGAUAUGCAAGUUGUUUUCUCAGUGUCCGUUUCAUAAGUGUAGCCGACGCAGUGUUCCUUUAAAAUCCAUGGCAUGCAGAAUGGGGCAUGAGCGUCGACCCCCUUUAUGAGGACUUUAGUAGGGCUUACAGAAUCAUGUCUUAAUCGUGCUUUUGUUUGAUUAGAUUGAACGAGUUGUCGAAUAGGACUUCACGUUUUAAGGCAUUCGUGUUUCGUUGCAUAUUUUGUGCCAGGGAGGUGCACAGGGAGGUGCAAUGGUAAAUGCUUUGUGCAUUAACAAUGCUGCUUAAUUAGUCUGCAGUUAAACUGUAUGACCCUCACUUGGAAAAGCCUGCUCCUACUGGCUGAUAUAGGAAUAGCUGAUCUAGGAAUAGCGCACUACAGCAAGGAUUUCGGAUUAGCAAAUUAUUUCUAGCACUAAUGUAUUUAGGUGUGCUUUGUAUGCUGAACACUUUUAGUUUUAUAAUGAUGUUGAUUACCAUGACAAAAUGUGAGGACGGGGGAGUUUUAGGUUGCUUAAAGUGCAUGAUCGCAUCAUGAAUCCUAAACGGAACAGUUUAGGCAAAAAUGAAAAUUCUGUCUUUAUUCACUGACUGUCACAAUGUUUCUUCCUCAGUGGAAAAAGUUGGGUUUUGGAAGUAAAAACUCAAUUAAUUUUCUCCAUAAGGGGAAAUACAUUUUUAAAUUAUAAGUGUUUGUUAAUAUUUUGUUAAAGCCAUCCAUUCAUAUUAUUUUCAAUUUUGUGCUUGACAGCUGAAUUUGUGCUGAAAAACUACAUUACCCAUGAUUCUAUACAGAAAAUUCAACACAUCUCCCAUUAAAUAUUCUUAUAUAUACAUUUUUAAGCAAUAACCCAAACCUUAAAAUUCCAGUUUCUACACAUAUUAUCCAAAACUUAAUAGUUUUAUAUUUUUCCAUCGUUUUUAAUUCGACUGUCAUUUGGGAUUGUAGUUCUUUCUCUCAUUUAAGUUUUAAAUCCUUUUCUCUGAUUUUCAGUUACUUUUUCUUUAAAUAAAAUGUUGUAAUGUGAUACACAUUGUAGCUGGUUGGUUUGAUUCAUGGCUUAUAAUGCUUUAAUGAAGGAAUUUCUACAAAAAAAAAAAAAAAAAAAAGAAUCAUAGGAAAAAAAAAAUGCUUC